AUGGUACGGCCCAAUGGAGCGAGGGAACCACCCCUACUAUUCAUCGAGAUGCCAGUCCCAUUUCUGCUCAACUUCCUCCUUCCUCCGGUGUAUCCAGCGGAUUACCAAGACGAUGGCGUUUUGAGAGUUCGAAGGGGGAAGGCAUUGAUUUUCAAUGUGGAGAAGUUUGCCGAACACCGUAAGAUCCCCGAACGACAGGGUUCAGAACACGAUGUGGCUCGUCUCCAAGAAGUGUUGGGAAGUCUCCAGCUCACGCCCAUCAUCCAUAGAAACAAAACGCGUCAGGAGGUCGACAAUAUCCUAGAAGACGCUUCGAGAGAUCCGGACCUCGCGCAAGAUGAUUGUUUGGUGGUGGUGUUCAUGAGUCAUGGAGGGAGACACGGGAUGCUGGAGGCGGUAGAUAGAACUCUCUUAUUGCAGGAAUUGUGGGAAUGCUUCAUCCCCAACAGAUGUCCUUUGUUGUGGGGGAAACCCAAGCUCUUCUUCGUGCAGGCUUGCGAGGGGUAUGAAGCAAUGGCAGCAGCUGGACCGACAACUCAGUCGAGCGGGACCUCCCCGCCGAUAUCCACUGACAUCAUCGGGGAAGACAACACCAUACCCAGCCACGCGGAUUUCCUCAUAUCGAAAGCAUCUGUCCCAGAUUGGUACUCAAUUCAAGUUUUCUGGAAAGAACUCCAGCGAAUUCAAAUGGAUUUCUGA